UUCGACCGAAGCCAAAGCUGUUCUGUGUACUCAACGGCGCGCGAAGACUGAAAAGCGAGGUGCUUGUUUUUAGGAACUCGUGUAGUACAUCUGUUUUCCCGCCUAUAUAUAGAUAUCAGAGCAUGCUGUAGGAGGCUGCUGAGGGAGUAUGGAGGAAGAAGCGGUGGAGACGCAGGUUUACAUGGCAUGCAUUAUGCAAGGUCACAGAAUCGGAGUGGCAUAUUAUGAUUCAAAUGCCGGACAACUUUUUGUUUUAGAAGUUUGGGAGGAGACUUGCGGAGACUUUCCUCUGAUUGAACUUGUUAAAUAUCAAGCCAACCCAAAUGUUAUCUAUGCUAGCACAAAAACUGAGGAGUCAUUCUUAACUGCCUUGAAGCGAAGUGUGGGAAUUGGGGAAACUGAAGUAAAGCUUAUGCGCAGCUCUCUCUUCAGUUACGAGCAAGCAUGGCAUAGGUUGAUAUAUCUCAGGGUUGCAGGGAUGGAUGAUGGGCUCAGUGUCAAGGAGAGAAUAUGUUUUCUUAAUUCCAUGGUGGACCUUGGAAGUGAUGUUCAAAUUCGUGCUAGUGGGGGCCUUCUAGCUGUGCUAGAAACUGAGAGGCUUAUAGACACCUUGGAACAAAGGGAGGGUGGCAAUGCAUCAAUAACCAUUGAUUCAGUGGAACAGAUCUCAUUAGACAAAUUUCUUAAGCUCGAUCCAACUGCCUAUGAGGCUUUACAGAUUUUUCAAAUUGACAAGCAUCCAAGUCAUAUGGGAAUUGGACGAUCUAAGGAAGGGUUUUCCGUCUUCGGAAUGUUUAAUAAGUGUGUUACACCAAUGGGAAGGCGUCUCUUGAGGGCAUGGUUCCUAAGGCCUAUACUUGAUCUCAGUGUUUUGAACAACCGGCUAAAUACUAUAUCUUUCUUUCUUUGCUGCGAAGAAGUGAUGACUGCUUUACGGGAAACACUGAAGUCUGUAAGAGAUAUUCACCACAUGCUUAAGAAAUUCAACUCUCCAAGUUCCUUGUGCACUGUUACUGACUGGAACGCAUUCCUGAAGUGCGUAUGUUCCCUUUUGCACAUAAGCCAAAUAUUUGAAGUCGGAAUAUCAGAGUAUCUUCAAGAGAGGUUGGAUUGCCUACACUUGUGCAUAUUGGAAAGGGCCAACUCAUGCAUAUCAAUCGAGCUAGUUUAUGUCUUUGAUCUGGUGAUGGGUGUGAUAGAUAUCCAGCGUUUUAAAGAAAAAGGCUACGAGACAUUAGUUAAAGAGGGGAUUUGUGAUGAGUUGGAUGAGCUAAGGUUGGUAUAUGAGCAACUGCCAGAAUUUCUUGAUCAGGUGUCAUCAACUGAAAUUGGUUCUCUUUCGGUUAUGAAUUAUGGCGAUAGAGCUCCUCAAAUUGUUUAUAUUCAUCAAAUAGGAUAUUUAUGGUGCAUUUUUGCUGAAAAGCUUGAUGAAGAAACAUUAGAAAAAAACGAUUUUGAGUAUGUGUUUUCUGAAGAUGGUGAGGAAAAAAUGUUCUUUUAUCGUACUGCCAAGACAAGAGAAUUGGACAACCUUCUUGGUGAUAUCUAUCAUAAAAUUCUUGAUAUGGAAAGAGCAAUUAUUAGAGAUUUGGUGUCUCGUAUACUCCACUUUGCGCCUCAUCUUGUAAAGGCAGUAAAUUUUGCAGCUGAACUCGAUUGCUUUCUAUCUCUGGCACUCAUUGCUCGACAAAACAACUAUGUGAGGCCUAUCUUGACUGAAGAUUCACUUAUAGACAUACAAAAUGGCAGGCAUGUCUUACAGGAAUUGACAGUGGACACUUUUGUUCCAAAUGAUACAAAGAUAUCAAAUGAUGGGAGGAUAAACAUAAUCAGUGGUCCUAACUAUUCCGGAAAAAGCAUAUAUGUUAAGCAGGUAGCUUUGGUGGUCUUCCUAUCACAUAUUGGAAGCUUUGUGCCAGCAGAUGCAGCUAUCGUUGGCUUGACCGACAGGAUUUUUUGUGCUAUGGGGAGUAAGCCAAUGACAUCAGAUCGGUCUACUUUUAUGAUUGAUCUUCAUCAAGUAGGCAUGAUGCUUAGGCAUGCAACACCUAGAUCUUUGUGCUUAUUGGAUGAAUUUGGAAAGGGUACUCUAACAGAAGAUGGUAUUGGGCUGCUUGGAGGUGCUAUAGAUCAUUUUGCUAACUAUGUGCAUCCCCCAAAGGUAUUGGUAUGUACACACUUGACAGAAAUAUUUAGUGAGGCUUUUUUACCAAAGUCUGGAAAAAUAAAAUUGUACACCAUGAGCAUUUUGCGACCUGAUGAGAGCCUAGAUACCGUUGAUGACAUAGUUUUUCUUUAUCGGCUUGUUCCUGGGCAAGCACUUAUGAGUUAUGGUAUACACUGUGCCCGUCUCGCUGGUGUUCCUCAGGAAGUUGUUGAAAGAGCAACUUCUAUUCUUGACUCGAUCCAGUAUGAUAAACCCAUCAGCCGCUUUCUUGAUCAGAAAAUCUUGGCGAGAGAUCAGCAGUACAAGGAUGCAAUAACCAAACUGCUAGCAUUCGAUACUAGUAAAGGAAACCUGAUCCAGUUCUUCGAAGAGGUAUUCCCUGAAGAACCCUGAUAUCAAGGACAGAAGAAGAUAGCUUACAGUAGAUUUCUGCAUCAAGUUACAUAUUUUACCGAGGAUUUCAGGUCAAGAAGAAUAGAAAGGUGGAGUUCCUGACUCUGCCUAGCAGACGAUCCGGGAUUUUCUAGAAGGAGAAUUUUUUUCCUUAUCCUACCCAACAUAACAUUUGGGAUCUUUUUUCGCAAUCUCCUUUCGUGUUGCCAUGAAGAAGCAAAAAGUCGUGUCGAAAGUUGUCGUCAGCCGUACCCAGCAAGACAUCUGGGAUUUUCUUUCGUGAUUUUCUUUUGUGUUGCUAUGAAGAAGCAGGAAUUUAUUCCGAAAAUUGUCCCCAAUUUUACCUGCAGGAAAUUCCGAAAAUUAUCCCCAAUUUUAAUCUGCACUGCUGUGAGAAGAAAGUUGUCUCCAAUCCUACCCAACAGGACAUCCGGGAUCUUCUUUUGUGUUGUGGAGAAGAAAGUUGUGUCCCCGAACCUACCUAGCAAAACAUCUGAGAUCUUUCGUUUUUUUGUUGCCUUUUCCGAGGAAUUUGUCUCCCUAAAAAUCAAUGUAUGUACCAACAUUUUGAAGAGAAAAU